AUGGGAUGUGGUACUGGUGAAAUAUCAAAGUAUAUCUCAGACCUUGUAGGAUGUGAAGGGCAUAUAGUGGGAAUUGAUCCCGACGAAGCACGUAUCAAGCUUGCACAGGAAAAUUACAAAGAUGUUAAGCAUCUCCAGUUCUUCGUCAGCGAUAGUGUUAAAGGUUUUCCCCACGAAGAUGAGCCUUACUAUGAUUUUCAUGUCUCAACGAAUGCAUUUCAUUGGCUUCCUCAUGAUCAUAAGAAAAUUUAUUUGAAGAAGGUGUUCAAUUCGUUGAAGCCCGAUGGCAAACUAGCAAUUUUGUGUGGUAUUAAACUGAGCUUUGACAAGGGUGAAUCGAAAAAUGUUGGUUUGCAUAUGCUAUCUUUAGAUGAAUUUAGGAAGCUAUUUGACGAUGUUGGCUUUUUCCCAAACGCUGUUGUGAAUGUACCCUAA